AUGUCGUCACAGUGGUAUAUAGAGAACCCCAAUGUUGGCAAGAAGAACCAAGUAGAGGACUGGAGAGUUCUUGGAUACAACCCCCUCACUCCACCAAACCUCCUCCAACAUGAGAUUUCGCAAACCAACAUGUCAAAGAGCACAGUCGUCUCCUCUCGAGAAGAAGCUGCAGCCAUUGUUAGGGGCGAGGACGCCAAUGGCCGCCUCCUCGUCAUCAUCGGACCGUGCUCUAUCCAUGACCCUCAAGCUGCUCUAGACUACUGCGAUCGUUUGCUGAAAAUGAGAGAGAAGCACGAGGAUCAGCUCAUGAUUGUCAUGCGCUCUUAUCUUGAAAAGCCCCGAACAACUGUUGGCUGGAAGGGGCUCAUCAAUGACCCCGAUAUCGACAACUCCUUCCAGAUCAACAAGGGGCUGAGAACUGCCCGGCAACUGUUCGUUGACUUGACGGAGAAAGGAAUGCCCCUUGCCAGUGAAAUGCUGGACACUAUUUCGCCCCAGUUCCUCGCUGACCUGCUUUCAGUCGGCGCGAUUGGGGCCCGAACCACAGAGUCUCAACUUCACCGUGAAUUGGCUAGUGGACUUUCUUUCCCCGUUGGUUUCAAGAAUGGCACGGACGGCUCUCUUGACGUUGCUGUAGAUGCGAUUGGGGCCGUCAAACACCCCCAUCACUUUCUCUCUGUCACAAAACCAGGUGUAGUCUCCAUUGUUGGAACAGUUGGGAAUGAAGACUGCUUUGCUAUUCUUCGUGGAGGGAAGAGUGGAACCAACUACGAUGCAAAGAGCAUACAAGCGGCCAAGUCGAAGCUGGCCGAGAAGGGUCUGUCUCAACGACUCAUGGUUGACUGCAGCCAUGGAAACUCCCAAAAGAACCACAAGAACCAGCCUAAGGUGGCUGCAGUUCUUGCUGAACAGAUCGCCGCCGGCGAGGAAGGGAUUAUGGGAGUCAUGAUUGAAAGCAACAUCAAUGAAGGGAACCAAAAAGUUCCCCCGGAAGGCAAAGCAGGUCUAAAAUACGGUGUCAGUAUUACUGAUGCUUGUAUCAACUGGGCCGAUUCCGAGUCUGUUCUUGACUUGCUUGCUAAGGCAGUCAAGCAGAGGCAGUCCAUGCGAAAUGGUAACGCCGGUGAAUAA